UUUACAGUUGUCGAGUGUUUCACAUGUUUAGAAAUCGGAUUGUUUUGAUUGCAAAGAUUGAAUAACACCGGUUGGAGGAUCAAAAAACCACGGCGAGCCGACACAGUUUGCAGCAUGCCUACCUAUGAACUAUCGUUAAUUUUACGCCAAAUGUCCAGGCCGGAUAUGGUAGCCACCCUGAAGCGCACUGCGACGGCAAUAUUCGACAAAGGCGGAAUCAUCCGGAAGCUAGACAACCUGGGCACCAAACCAUUGCCCUUCAAAACGAGCUCACACGGACUGGUGCACCGGACGGGCUCGUAUUUUGUGUUCAAAUUUGAUACCCCGCCGACGGCCAUUGAUGACCUAGACGAAGAGUACGGGCGAGACGUCGACAUUGUCCGAAAGCGCAUCUACCGGGCCGACGUGUCGCAACAGGAAGAGAUUACCUGCACACUGCACGACGAAUUGCUUCCGCCAGCUUACCGGAAGGAUGUGCAAAAGAUGGUAGCGACCGCCGAGCGGAACAAAACGAAGAAAGUGUUCCAAUACAAUACGGGGCUUGACUAUUAUCCUUUCCAAAAGUGAGCGAACGAUCAAAACCUGCAACACAUUGCGAGUUUUUUUUAGUUUGUUAUGAAUACAAUUAAUUACAUUAAUAGUUCCAAU